GUAGCUAUUUUUGGACAAUAGAGUGGAGAGAGUAGCCCAGUGGAGGGCGGAACAUGACUUUUUGCACAAUUAUAUGACGAAAUAACAUUUGAGAUAAGCGCUUGCAAAUAGAAUAGGCUGUAACGCAUGUACACACUCGUUGGUUGUUCUCUUUCCAACAAUGUAAAGGGCCACUAUAAAUGAGAGUGAUACGCAGUUUCAUUCAAGGUCGUUAGAGCGCGCCCGCAAUCAAAAACAACUAUAACCCCAGUUUUUAUUUUUUACGGUAAUGUUCGGUUGAGGAAAGCUGAUCCCUAUAGGCAGGCCAGUGAAGGCCACGCAUGGACACACCAGGGUAUAUGAUGCAACGCGUGGCUGGGGGAUUAUUUUCACAGUAGUCAGAACUGGAAAGGAUGUGUCAUCAAAACCCAUCAUCUCUCACUUCUUUGGCAGUUUCUUCAAAAUCGAUGCUGACAAUGCUACAUUACGCCUUAGUAUACAUGGCAUAUCAUACCAGCAGAUGGCUUCCAAGGAAUGAAAGGUUAAAAUUUCAAAUUAUUAAUGCAGUCUUUGUGGCACUAGUUCUCAUCCCUCAAUUGUUUGUGCUAACCAGGCCCAAAUCCUCUAGAUACUGCCAGCAGCCUCUUCUGAACAAUCUCACUGCCUUCAUUAUCAUGUCCUUCAUGGCAACAGGUUUUGCAGUAACAUUCACACUGAUAGACCCAGUGCCCCAAAGCUUCAGGGCAGCCUACCAUGGGUUUGGACUUGUAUCUUUUGUCCAGGGACUAUGCACCAUCGUCCUGACUCUGACUGCACAACAGUGUGCAAAAACAACUCCUGAGCUGUACUAUUUGUCCCUUAUUCUAUCAUUGGCUUGUAUCCUCAGUACAGCCUUCUUCUUGGUGAAGGGAGGAUUCUGGGUAAAAACCAAUAGGCUACCCAGGCCUUGCCAGAGAGAGAACAAUGGCUAACUAGUCCAACCAGUAUACAGCUGCUCCAGGUUGCAAUUAGAUAUGCGCCAUAGACCCAUCCAUCUAUAAUUGAUGCUGUUUCCAGGCUACCACCAGCAAGUGAUACUGUUGCACAGUAUGACUAGUGACAAGUGUAGUAUGCAGUGAAUUUACAUAUCCCAUUUCCUUAAUUUGAUACACUUGAAAUCAAUCAGUGUGCAUAUGUUUAUUUGCAUUCAAUUACUCCGUUUUGAGUGUCAAAUGAACUAUUAAAAUGGCUACCACUAUCAAAAAGGGGCAUAUACAUUUUUCAAGUACCCAACGUUUCUGC